UCCGUUCAGGUCUGGGCACUGAAUGUUUUACUCGGUCCCCCCAGUGUACCCCUUACAAGUUAAGUUAAACUGGCUCACUGGGCGACUCCCCAUUUUCACAUGCGGCCGAUAUUGUCCAUUUCAGUAUAUCCCGAAUGUGUCAUUGCUGUUAUAUGAAUAAAUUGGUAAACGUUGCUUGUGUCUGUUAUUCACUGCAAUGAGUCAUGGACUGUUAUUACAGCCAGUUUUUUUGUUUUAUCUGUCAGGCGGAUUCUUUAAUUAAUCGAGAUUAUUUGAGUUUAUAUCAAAUAGUCCGUAUUAAUUUUGAUACACCCUGUAGGUCGGGUCUACGUGACUUUCGCGGCUAGAUGGUAGAAGUUAAUUUGUAUGCACUACGUCACACUCGGUACUCCCUGUGAUCGAACCCAUUCAUUACAAUUUUUCCAACCGAAGCACCCACCCACCCUCACCCAAUUUUAAUUUGUAUAUACAUGUUCUUUCCUUUUGGUUCUGCUGUUUCCUUCUCUUUCAUAGGUUUCGCAACAGACGAAGACUCCCAACAGGUUACCUGGAUAAGUAAAUGGUAAAGCCUGGACCACACCAAGUGUGACUGCAUUGCCAUUCGAGAUGAAGUGCCUUAAUAACAACUUUUUUAAAUGUUAAGGGGGAAUUUUUAAUUUUAAGGCAAAUUGUUGAUACAGUGUAUUUGAGUCUAAUUAAUUAGACUGUCGCAUCUUUAAGGGGGGGGGGAGAGACUGGGGAGUCGGUAAUGGUAUGUGAUGACUGUUUCUGCUCCAAGACCUGGUUGUUUCCCCCACCUGCUUCUAAAGCAGGGGGCAAUUUACAGUACUAAUAGUGGGGCCACCACCGGGGACGGUUGGGCCUACAUCCAUCUCACUUCAGUGAGGGGAUGCUACAGUCUGAUGCAUGUUUGGGGCUUAUGUCCAACAUGAUAAUGUACAUACCAGGUAGCACUGCAGGAGACAGGGUGAGAAGGGCGGGUUUCGCUUACCUCCUUAGAACGCUGGCGUCCGUUCAGGUCUGGGCACUGAAUGUUUUACUCGGUCCCCCCAGUGUACCCCUUACAAGUUAAGUUAAACUGGCUCACUGGGCGACUCCCCAGUUACCCCACAAAAUUUUCACAUGCGACCGAUAUUGUCCAUUUCAGUAUAUCCCGAAUGUGUCAUUGCUGUUAUAUGAAUAAAUUGGUAAACGUUGCUUGUGUCUGUUAUCACUGCAAUGAGUCAUGGACUGUUAUUACAGCCAGUUUUUUUGUUUUAUCUAUCAGGCGGAUUCUUUAAUUAAUGAUUAAUUAUGCUUUUGUAAUAUACUAGGUCGAGUAGAAUCAAUUAAGGUUUAACGAUGUCCGAUGAAGGUCUGAUUAUAUUUUACAAUAUUUAAUAUAAUGGAUAUACUUCCGCAAAUUAUGAAAUGUGUGUGCAGAAUUAUUCAUUACUAAUUGAAAUGAAGCUUGUAAAUAUUGGUGUGAAUUCCGGAAACAAUUCUAGAGUUCAAAAUCGAGCAAAAGCUGAAAGUAAAAAUUUGCAGAAUAUAUGUACUUAAUAUUAAUGUCAUCGAAUGUUUACCCGACAUGUCAGGUUUCGUCUUCAUUACGAUUCUCCUUAAACUUGUGCAUCCUGCUGAAGGGGACUGUCACGUAAACAACUGGCCAUUGUCAUGUGAAGCCAACUUCAAAGUAGGGCCCGAUAAAUGUGAACCAUGCAAAGCCGGUAAAUAUGGGUGUAACUGCUCCCAGGACUGCACCGUCAAUACAUAUGGUUUGAACUGCUACUUCAAGUGUAAUUGUUCUGUGGAUGAACUUUGUGACCCAGCAGUAGGAUGUGUUAGCUUCAACAUCACUUCAACGUACAAAACAUUUACACAACAAACAUCGGUUUCAGCAGCAUCACCACCACCACCAUCAUCAUCAUCAUCAUCAGAUGCUCAAGAUACGACACCAGUGCUGAAGAAUAGUGCAGCGCCAUUAACGGUGUUCAACGUUGUUAUUAUUGCCUUGGCAGCCUCAUUGGUUUUAGUGGUUACGCUGAGCAUUUCCUGCAUAGUUAUUGUAGUAAGUGCUGUAAUAACAACGCAUAGAUACAUGUAUUCAUUUCUACUGUAUUUGUCUGUAGACGAAACUCGGAAAGGGGGACAAAAACAGCUACGAAAACAAAGAACAGCGAGGAGAUGUCUGAGACCGCGGAACAAAAUCCAGAUUUCCAUUCGUACCUUACCAUCAGCGAAAGAUCCUUUCGUCUGUAUGCCGAUGUUCACUAUGACGAAGCGGAGGAAAGGAAGAGCUUAACAUCAGUAUCAUUACACAGUAAGGGAUACGAUACCAGCGUCAGUUAUAAAAGUGGAGGAUCCGAUGAUUAUCUAACACCGACUGUAAAGACUGCCAAAAAAGAUGCAACCAGUAGUCAGUCAUCUGGCGAUUAUGACGAUACCAUUACAAAAUGUUCAGAAACUUGUAUCUGACGAUUAAAUAAAGAUUGCAAUCAAAGAAAA